GAUGUGGGUCUGUUCCUUUCCCCUUUUUUUCCGGCUCUUUCCGGGGCCAGUGUCAAGUGUCAAAGGUGAGAGCUCGGCCUGACAGCCAGUAUGUUAGGUGUAACCAGAUCAGUAUCAGCCCCGAAUUUGAGCGUGCGAUCCGCUGGAUCCUCUUGCUCGACCAGCCGAUACGUGGCGCAGUCCAGCACUGCCGAGAGUCAGCUGCAACGUCCGGAGUUGUACGACGGGGAUGAUUCGGCGGUGGAGGAGGGCCCGUCCUACAACCAGUUCCGGUCGAAGCGGGAGCAGUCCCUCUGGCUGUUCCGCAGCUACGUCUGCCUUCUGCUGGGCAUCCAGGUGACCCUGGCCUCGCUGCAGUGGCUCGGCUCCACGUACCGCUGGCAUCCGCAGCUGAAUCCCGCCAACCGCAGCCUGUCCGUCCUCCUGCUCCUGCUCUCGUGGAUCAACCUGACGCUGGCCUUCAUCGGCUUCCGGCGGCUGCAGUUCACCUUCCCGCUGAACUGGAUCGUCUUCGGCUGCAUCUUCGAGAGCCUCACGCUGCUGGUGGUGUGCCUGCACAUCCUCGAACAGGAUUUAACCAUGCCCUUCGUCCUGAUUGGCAUCGGAGUGCUGGUCAUCUACACACUGCUGGGGCUGUGGGUGCCGGGCUUCCUCACCGCCAACCUCUGGAUCCUCAUCCUGGCGAGCAUUGUGGUCUUCGUGGUCUCGUCCCUGGCCCUGGGCUACCGUCUGCAAAUGCGCUACUAUGUGCCGGCCAGCUUUUGCCUGGUCUUCUUCGGACCCUGGGCCAUGUACAACUCCCAGAAGCUCUUCCUGCCCCGCCAGCGAACUGGUUACCUGCCCCACCAAUACCUGGAGGCGGCGGCCAGGAUGUUCAUCACUUUCGCAUUCACCGUGAGCGGCGUUAUCUUUGCCCACCGCUGGUCCGCCGACACUUUGGAUGCCAACGGCUAGCUGGGAUUGGCAAGUGGUCUCCUGGUUGAGAUUUGAGUGGAUAAGGGACUCUGGGGCUGAUCCUUUUGGUUUUCAUGUUUUUUGUAAGUCUUUCUAUGUGCUCUGCAUAUUUAAUUAAAUUGUCACGUAUUUAUUUUUUAGCAAUUG